GUGUCGCCUGGCCGUAUCGCAGCAGUGCGCGCGAACAAAAACAGCCCCCACCACUAACAACUCCAAAAUCUUUUCAUCCAAACAGCUCUUUUCUUCUUUCUUUAUCAUCGUCUCUUUUCUACUCCUUUCAAUGGUCGUGAUAAAUCGAUACAAAGUGCAGAGUUCUCGGGACCCCUAUACACAAUAUUUGUUUGGAAUAACUUUAUUCGCCUGCGGAACCGUAAACCGGCCGAUGAAAGAGGUUUUUAAUUCCUCUGAGUGGCUAUAGACCCCAACAACUUGAGUACGAUCAAAGGAGUUUGUGAAUUCAAGGAGAUGGCAGCUAGCAGACGGAAUUGAUUCAUUAUGCUCGCAAGCAUAGAUUAUUUGGCCGAUUAUUUCAUUAAAUUCCGAAAUCUCAUCGCAUCUUGGUACUGACUUUAAUAUGAGACACGAGAGAGCAGAAAUCUUUGAAAUGCGGUCAAGUUUUAGGUGACGAGAAUCGUUCAGUGCGGCUCAACAUUGAAAUCGAGUUUUGAUGGUGACAUCCAACGAAUGACGAGAUACUAGGAUCGAUUCUUAAUGCACAUGGUCAAGAGAAAAACAGGAACAAUAUGAAUGACGAUAGGGCCAAGCCUGUCAGCGCUCCUUCACGGGUAUCAAGUCGAGAUGAUGUGUGGAAAGACAUACGUGACUGGGCAAAACCUAGCAGACGAACUGACGAUGACGAUGAUGAAGAGGGUGGCGAUCAGGGACGUAUUAUCGGUUCCCAGAUCAAAGACAACAUCACAGAGCAAAGACUCCUUGAAAGUAGAUUGCUUGAUUUAUCCAAGGAGAGGUAUAAGUUUAUAGUUCAUGUCGCAUGGCAGAGGAAAGCGUUCAUGGACAAGCAGAGAUACAAGACUAGUGUUAUGAAAGACUUGCUCCAAAACGUAGAAACUGUGGAUCCGAAUUCGCCGGCUGUACAGAAGGGAAAGAAUCAGCGAAGUCGGUUAAACGAGAAACUCGAAACUUACCGCGAUCUAGUUCGUAAGACAUACAGUGAACAACGCAAGAAGGAACUGCAAACGUGCGCGCCAGAUCCGGAAGAAAUCAAGCCAAUUAUACCGGGAACCUAUGACGAUCCGUUGUACAAAACCGAACCGACGUUCAGCGCGAGGAGCAAGAAGCGAAGUGUUUUUGAAGGAGGCAGGCGGCGAGCAUCACAAAAUCCGACGAUGUUCCCCGCGAUUCAACCGCCGGAAAAGACCCGGCAGCCGAGUGUACCUCCGAACAAUACGCGCCGCGGUACAAGCCGCGGUAAUGGGACAAAUCGCUUACCAGACGCGGUCGGAAUGAGAGCGGGCCUGACAACCGCUCCAGGGCGCAGUAGCCGAGACAAUCGUGACAACGGCAUGUUAAAUCUAUCAUCAGAACACAUUCCUCGUUAUUUGAAAUACCGCUCGGUUUACGACGGGAGGUUUAAAGGACUUGAACGGUCACUGUCAGCGAGUUAUGACGGAAAGGGUGGUCCUAGCAUCGAAAACAUUCUCAGUGGGUUACCACGUAGUAUGUCCGUUGCUUUAUAGUAAAAAAAAAAACAUUAUGAAAUAAAAAUAGAUUUGCUGCUUUUUUAUUGAUUCGAGUCUCUCAGUCACAAUAUGAUGUGAUGAUAAUCCAAUAUAAACUCGGAGAAGAAUACUGUCUUGAAACAGAUGAAUACUUGUUUCCGAGUAUCAGAGUGACAUCGCAUGAUCGAUCAAUGUUGUGUUGUUGGCAAGUUUUGUAUGACAUGAGUAUUGUAUAAGCGGAGUCUACUUGGUAUCCGAUAUAAAUUGAGGGUGCGCUAAAGAAAGAGAGAUGGGAUUUUCGCUGGUAUCUCAGGGAUUAUAAUUAUCCGCGAAAUUUUGUGUUUAUGGAUGACCUUCACUUCUUGCACUGAAAGACAAAAUAUUCAUUCCCAAUAGUGACUUUGAUUAUCCGUUUGAAGUGUGGUAUAUGUUUCGGGAUUGUAUUGGGAUAUAUGAUAUAUGUUUUUUUUUAAAUGUGUGUGUGCCACCCUCAAAAAAUCAUGAACAUUAAAUGUGUGCAUUAGCACCGUGAAUCAUUUUUACAUACUUUGAAUAAACAUUCUGAUUAAAACUAGGUUUAAUAAAACUGUUCGUAUGAUUAUGCAUGACCCUCGGAACAAUUAUUGUAUGAUGAGAAAUCGGAUUGUGUAUUUUUAAAAGGAGGUAAAAUAUUAUCAUUAAAAUUAAUGCUCUUAAAAUGAAACUUUUUUAUGCAGGGUAUAAUUUUCGACAUGAUGUCAUCGAGAUAAAUCUUGAUUUAGUAAAAAAAAAAUAAUAAUCCCACUUGAAGAGACAUAUGCAGCUAGCUUAAGAAUGCUCUUUAUGAAAAACUUAAAUUAUGAACUAAUAAUUUUUGUAUUGCAAAUCUUAAUUUGUUUGAAUAUUAAUUAACCUGUACAUGCCUAGUUUUAUAGGGAGGAUUAUCAUUCCAUUUGAAACUGCAUCGGAGAUGUGCUCAUAGCUUUACACGGACAUGAUGGAGAUGCUUGGUUAUGAAAUGUGGAAGUAGGUCAAUAUUGAAAAGUUGCUAAAUAACAUGACAUUGACAAACCAUUCGAUGUUUCACAUUGAGAAAGAACGACUUUAUAUUAACGAUCUCUUCAUUGACUAUUUAAAUCUUUGGAAAAAUGGACCUUACCACAUGUUAUCAGGAGAAAGAUAAUUUUGAAUAUAAUUAAAUAACCCUAACCAAGCAAGGCAUGUAUUGUUGCUCAGGGAAUAUAAAAUUGAUUGAUUACACUCCGAUUCAAAACUUUUUUAAUUGAUAUGAUAGAUAUAAACAACUUACAAAUAAAUGUAAAUUCUCUAAAACAGUGCAAACUGAUUGCUCUAAAUAAUUAACAUAAUCACGUGCAUCAUAAAUGAUAUAUAAAAGAAAAAUCGGGUAUUUGAGAAAUUCCCUGCUGAUCUUGCCUCGGACAUAGUAAGGAUUUAAAAAAGUUUAAAAUCAUUUCAGUCUAUUAUAGUCAUGUCACUUUGUGUUGAACUACUACGAUAAAAGUGGCAUUCUUUAAUGCGAUCAUGAUCAAGGAGUAUUGUUUGAAAUAUUUCAUCGGAGAAAUUCAAGUUCAUUUAAUUAGUUAAAAUGGUAAGUUUUAUCUGAAUAUUGUGUGAAGUAAAGUCACUUUAUAACCAUGCUCAUGAACAUUCUCCUGCAAAGGUUUUGUGUACUGUACAUAUACAGUUACUGUAUGUACUCUACGAUUUACCAGUGCCAUUUAUAGAAACUGAAUUAAUUGUUUAUUUUUGUUAUUGUUUAAUGUAAAUGAGAGACUCUAUGAAAUUGAUAUUCACUGUUACGAUCCUUGUAUAAGAUAUUAAACUACACCAAUAAUACUGAGUUAAUA